AUGAAGCGCGGCUCGUGCCCCCCGUCGCCUCCUGUUCCCCUGCUGAGCGCCUACGCGUGCGACAUGGCCGCGUCGGACUCGGCAUCGCAUGACGUCGAGGCCUACCACGCCGCCGGGCCCGACUUCAAGCUCGACACUGACGAUCCCAUCGUGGUGUCGUGGGACGGGCCGCACGAUCCGGAAAACCCCAAGAACUGGAAGGCAGGCCGCAAAUGGGGCAUCACCAUUCUGGUCUCGUGCUUCACCUUCAUCUCGCCCUUCUCGUCGACCAUGGUGACGCCGGCCAUGGACGUCAUCGCCCGCGACCUCCAGGUCCCCGCGGGCUUCAUGCAGCAGCUCGUCAUGACCAUCUUCCUGCUCGGCUUCGCCCAAGGACCGUUCGUCCUGGCGCCGCUGUCCGAGAUCUUUGGCCGCGCCAUUGUGCUCCAGCUUUCCAAUGUCAUGUACUUGGUGUUUAACCUGGCGUGCGGGUUUGCCCAGACAAAGGAGCAGAUGCUUGCGUUUCGCUUCCUGAGCGGCGUGGGCGGGAGCGCGCCCCAGGCUAUAUGCAACGGCAUCCUGGCCGACUGCUGGCGCAAGGAAGAGCGCGGCAAGGGCCAGGCCAUCUACGGGCUGCUCACGUUUCUGGGACCGGUGCUCGCGCCUAUUCUGGGGGCGUACGUGUCCAUAUACACGACCUGGCGCUGGAUAUUUUGGUCGACGUCUGCUUUCGACCUCGUCGUCCAAGUCGCUGCCCUGUUCUUCCUGAGGGAGACGUACGGCCCUAGGAUCCUCUUGCAAAAGGCGAGGCGCCUGACCAGGGAGACUGGCCGGAGGCAUGUCACGGAGGAGAACCGGCCCUUGUCCCAAGUGCUCCGGCGUCGCAUCUUGGUACCGUUCAUCAUGUUGUUUGCCCAUCCUGCCGUGCAAGUACCGUCUUUGUAUCGGGCGUAUCUAUAUGGCGUCAUGUAUCUGGUACUGCACACAUUUCCUCUUGUAUGGGUAGGCACGUAUGGCAUGGCCAAGGGCCCCGCGAGCUUGAACUACCUGUCUCUUGGUAUAGGAUUCAUCAUUGGGCUUCAAAUCUCGCACCCGUUGAUUGACAAGCUCUACGUCAAGUUUCAAACCAAGUACGGCCACGAGGAUGGCCUGCCCGAGUGGCGCGUCCCGCCCAUGAUUAUCGGCGCCGUGCUCUGUCCCGUCGGCCUGUUCGUGUAUGGAUGGACGGCACAGGCAGGGGCACACUGGAUAUUGCCCAAUAUCGGCUGCGUGAUACUUGCCACGGGGCUCAUCAUUGCUUUCCAGAGCGCCCAGGCAUACGUGGUGGAUGCGUACAACGAGCACUACGCAGCGAGCGCCGCCGCCGCCGGUGCCUUUGUCCGUACAAUGUUUGGCUUUAGCUUUCCCUUGUUUGCGCCGAAAAUGUACCAGGCUCUCGGCCUUGGAUGGGGGAACUCCCUUCUUGCCUUCACCACCAUUGGCAUUGGCGUAGUCAGCCCCGGGCUGCUCUGGUUCUACGGACACAAGCUGCGGGAGUGGAGUGGAAUGGGAAUGAGAUAG